UGUGUUUUCAUUCUGAAUCAAUCCACAGCUUCACACCUGAAUGAAUGCCAAGCCCCUGCGGAUAUAUAAGGGAAAACCUGACGCUGCAAACUGCAGAGUUGCUGGGCAGGAGCGUAGGGGAGAGCAUUUCGCGAGCUCUGCUAGGCAGGGGCUGAGCCAGCCAUGCUCUCCGCUCCCGUCCGGGCCGUCCUCCUCGCCUGCAUCUUCGCCCAGACCUGCCCGGCUUUCAAGAACGAUGCCACCGAGAUCCUUUAUUCGCACGUGGGGAAGCCUGUCCCGGCGAGCCCCGGCACCAACAGCACCUUGAAUCAAGCCAGGAAUGGAGGCAGGCAUUACAGCCGCCCUGCGUUAGAUCGCAGCGAUCGUGUUCAAGUUGGCUGUCGGGAACUGAGAUCCACCAAGUACAUUUCAGACGGCCAGUGUACCAGCAUAAACCCCUUGAAAGAGCUGGUAUGUGCUGGUGAAUGCCUCCCUUUGCCGUUGCUCCCCAACUGGAUUGGGGGAGGUUAUGGAACCAAGUACUGGAGCAGGAGGAGCUCGCAAGAAUGGAGGUGUGUCAAUGACAAAACUCGCACCCAGAGGAUCCAGCUCCAGUGCCAGGAUGGAAGCAUAAGAACCUACAAAAUAACUGUUGUCACAGCCUGCAAGUGCAAAAGGUACACCAGGCAGCACAACGAGUCCAGCCACAACUUCGAGGGAACCUCUCAGGCUAAGCCCAUCCAGCAUCACAAAGAGAGAAAAAGAGUCAGUAAAAACAGCAAGCAUAGUACAAGUUAGAAGUCAGACAUGUGCCCCCAUAAAUGAACUCGCCUGGAACCAUUCUCUUCAUUGAUAUGACUGCUUAAAAGACAAGUCUGCCAUUGCUAUGUUAUCACUUAACCACACAUGCUCUUUUUUUUUUUUUUUUUUGCUUGACCAAA